GCCGCAUUCAUUUUGCGUUUUGGUACGGUUGAACCCAUGUAAACAAUACUCUUUUUGUGUGAGAUUUUGGGAUAUUUUCUGUGUUUGAAGAGUUGACAUGCAGACUAAACUGGCAGAAAUAAGAAAUGGCAAAUGAUGGAUUUAGCUACAGCCUUCACUACAACUGGUUAUUGUACAAGCGCGCUUUGCAGUAUUGCCAAGACCGUCGGAUUGGGCCGAACAACAUUGGUGAAAUCAUUAGUCACCUAAAAAUCGCAACCGGCAAGGAGUGCCAACAGCGCCAGGCAGUCGUUAACCUGCGGGACGAGCAGGAACUUCUGACACCUGAGGACUAUGAGAUGUUCAAGAGUGCCCAGCCCAUACAGGACUUGAUCCAACGGUUCUUGGCGCGUCCGGAUGGGCUUUUUGCCCAGAGGGCCGGUGUACUCAUAGUUCUCAUGAGUUUUGGGAAUGGCGCUAGGAUGAGUGCGUUUAGGAACCUGAAAGGAACAGAGGUCAUGCGAGCCGUCAACAGGGAGGGCUAUUUUACGUAUGCGGUCGCUGACCACAAAACAUCGGCAACACAUGGGCCCUGUUUUGUGACCGUUUAUAAAACAAUACACAGCGCCCUGGCCAGUUACGUUGCUUCAGUGCAGAUGAAGUUUGGAGUCCCCCUCAGUGAGCCCGUGUUCAGGGAGAACAACUGGGCCAUUCCGAAGUCCUCCUCCGUGCUGGCUCAAAAUUUCAGCAGGGCCUGGAAAAUAUCUAGAAGCAGGAAAGACUUCACACUGACAAAGUCAAGAAAGAUGCAUGUGGUGGAGGGAAGGUCCCGUUUCCCAGAGCGGAAGGAGCAGCUUGCUGUGCUGAUGUCCCACCGGCCAAGCACUGGGGACCGUUUUUAUGACGUCAGAACACCCGAACAUUCACCCGCAAAUCCAGAGCAUUCGAUGGCUGUGGCCAGAGAACCAACACCAGAAGAUUCUGCAUCCGUAUGCAUGGAGUCGUCCCCCGCUAACCCUAACCCAGAGACUUCACCCAUUGAUUUGCCCGCACCUGCAUCAGAAGAUUCUGCAUCCGUAUGCAUGGAGUCGCCCUCCGCUAACCCUAACCUAGUAGAGACGGCCACUUCACCCAUUGAUUUGCCCGCACCUGAACCAGACAUGAAAUGGGUAUUGGAUGAGUCGGAGGAGGAUGAAUGGCACCUCCAGCUGGAAGCGGACUACAUCCCACCAUCGGAUCUUCCUGAUUCUGACUUCCCCAUGGAGGUGGUGUUGAGAGGUGGUGACGAGGCUGGGGCGCCAGUUAAAUGUGAAACAACAACUGAGGGACCGGCACUCAUAAAAAAGAAAGUCAAAUCGAAGCCAAUGCAGGAGAAGUUUCUGUUGGGUCUGUUGUGACCGUACAUCACCUUGGCGAUGAACGCUAAGCUCGAACGUACACCCACCGCGUUAACCGUUCGGCUGCAGAAGGGUGAGCGACUUCCGAGCAAGUCAGUGAAGCAAGUGAUUGACAAACUUCGGAACGCAAUUCGAGCCAGCCUGCUGAAUAUAUGCAUAGAACAGAACAUUCAAUUUAAAUUUAAAUCCAAUAGUUUAUAUUGUAUGUGUGUGUGUGUGUGUGUGUGUGUGUGUGUGCGUGUGCGUGUGUGCGUGUGUGUGUAUUGUAUGCAUAGUCACACCUAGUAAACGAUUAGUGAACCCUAAUAUUUAUGUUAUUGUUUCAAUCCUUUUCUGUAAAA